AUGCGUAGGAGGAAGGGCACCCAUCCAGAGGAAGCCGGGAAUAAUGAUCAAAGAGAAGUAGACAUAAAGUUUGAUUCUUCAGCUGCGAAUGCUCCUGGACCCAAGAACCCGCAGGAGCAAGCCACCUCGGAGGCUAGUCGCCUAUCUACGUCGCCUACUGUGAAGAGGACAUCGCUUUGGCAGUACAUGAUACCCUUCUCACCAAGGCUCUUCGGCGCAUCUAUUUUCGCGGCACGCAUCCCAUUUGUAAGGGCUGCGGAUGCUGGAGAUGAGUUCACUAAUAAUUUCGUUACAGAUUUAGCGCCUCUCCUUGCAUUGUUUGGCGAGAGAGUUGCAACGCAAUUCAUGAGCGAGGCUUUCACAAUUGCCGACAGUAUCAUCUUUGCUGUUGCUCCAUUGGGUGUCAUGACGGCCAUGGUUGGGGCUAUUAGGGUUGGAGGCCCUAACGAAUUGAGGGCUAUCAUUGGGCGUGCAAAGGAGAGCCGCUCUACAGUUGAGCUGGAGUCUUUGGAGUAUAAGUACUCAGGCUCAUUCUCGCCCUUCAGUCCUGUUCUCUCCAUUCUUCAUCAGAAGGAAAAAAUCAAGUUCUUAUCGGUAGCAGAGCCCUUAAAGAUUAUUGAAUAA